CGAUUGUUCUGCAUUCAACCCCCAUCGCCACGUCCGGACACCUACAACUCACCAAGAUCAAUGCCCCCAAGGACUGGUCUCUAGCGUCUGCCCUGGAGCAUGGCCAGUCCGGGGAAUUCCUCUUCGACGGUGGGACGUCGCAAGAGACCUCAAAGGGCGCGCCCAACGGGCAGGAAAUAUGCAUGCACCUACGAUGGUUGUGGGAGGUUCUAUUCACGUGCAGAACACUUGCAGAGACACCAACUCAACCAUGCUCCCAAAGAAUUGUUCGUUUGCCCAGUCGAAGGUUGCGCGUUGUCGUUCGUUCGUAGAGACUUGUAUCUUCGGCAUAAAGCCCGGCAUGAGCAGCACUCCCAGGGCUCUGGAUCUGAGGAUCCUGAUUUAACAAUGUCCAACCCAUGUGGGCAGACUGCAGAACCCCCAACCGAUAGAGUCUAUACACGUACAGGCCUGGACGCCCUCGAGCUGGCCUCCGUAAAUGAUGCCCGGCAGCAGGAGGCUGCAUUACAAUCGAGAGAACAUGUUCAGUCAGCGGAUCACCUUAUCCACCCUGGCCAAUUCCAACAAGGUUCCCAAAGACCCUAUGUACCUCAAGAGACUCUUGGAUUCCCUACGAACAAUUCGCUCCAUGGAGACUUGCCUGCCAUUGUCGUGAACGAUGGUCCGACGAGUGCUUCACCUUCCAGCGUGGAUGAGUUUGCAGCAUGGCUGUUCGAAGGCCAUACAGCUGUACAGGGACAACCGAACUUCUUGGAUAUGGGUAUGAACGCUGGGUACUAUCCAGAUGACAUGCAGAGCUUCCAAAUCAACUAUCCCAACAAUCUGCCUGAUUUGAUAGACGACGAUUCCCAAAUCUCCAAUCCUCAGCAGCCAGCCCCGACGAGAGAACGAGCGGACAACAGUCUCCCUACUGGUCUGGCCAUAUCACCCGAAAAAUGGAAACAGUUGAUCAAUAUCGUUACUUCGAAAUUGCUAGAUACCUCGGACGACGCCAUCAGAGCACCCCAGCAUAAUGUCGAAGACGAUACAGACCCGCUGAGUCCCUCAUCGAUGCAAAGUUACCUCGAAAGCUUCUGGCAGUUCUUCAAUGAGACCCUGCCCAUACUCCACCGACCCACCUUUUCGCCGGAGAAUGCUCAUAUCUAUCUUUUAAUGGCCGUGUUGAUCAUAGGCUCGUCCAUGCUUACAAGACAGCCGGGCUGUUCGCAUCAAGGCAUGCAGAGUACUAACCUCAUGGCUUGGAACUUGCGAGGGCAUGUCCUCCUUCACGUGGACGCCAGCCCACCUGGCCGGCUUUGGGUUUUUCAAACGCUUCUGCUACUAGAAGUGUACGACAAGCUGCUCGCAUCAUCUGCCCUGCAUGAGCGCGCUCUCGUCUAUUUCCCCACCACGCUGAACCUGAUGCGCCAGAGCAGCACGUUAUUUGGUAGACAAGUACCAAAGGCACCGACGACGACUCAUCCCGCGGAGAACGGGAGCAGAAACGGAACGACACAACCAGAGCUGAGCGUGGGAUUCUUCGCUCCCAAGCGAGCAUCUCCUUCGCCACCGGAGUCGUGGUGGGAGCACUGGAUACUGCAGGAGUCGAUUCGACGCGCCGCAUUCGCCGCCUUCGUCCUCGACGUAACUCAUUCCGUGAUGUUCGGACACAGCCAGACGCUGGUGUUCCACGAAAUUCAUCUCUAUCUCCCAAGCGAUCGUCUCUUGUGGUCGUCUCACUCGCCUAGCGAAAUCGCUGCAGUCGAGUCUAGCCUGUACGCAAGCGGUGUCGAGCAACUGUCCUUUCUCGAUGGGCUGAGAAAGAUGAUCAAUCGCAAGCCGUGCCGGACCAAUCCAUUCGGAUGGCAGGUGCUUCUUGCCGGACUGUUGUCCAUCAUCGGCCACAUGCAACAGCGAGACAUCCUCACGUCCAGCCUGAAAGACGACCUCUCCCCCUCCUCCUCCGACAAGUGGCAGCCUAGAUUGAUCAACUCUCUAUUGUGGUGGAAACAAGAGUACGAAAGCACUCUUCGACACCUUCGAGGAGCCGUUCUGGACUGGCAGAAAUCCACGCUCACCGAUGAGAAUAGAAAGGGUCUGGGCAACGAUCUCGCGAUGAAUCAUAUCCUCUACCACCUAGGCCAUAUCCACAUUUACGUCACAAUGUCGGACUUGGCUGUUGUUGCUGGGGCAAGCAAGAUUCUUGGUCGUCCCGUGUCACCAUUCGAGAAGAGAAUGGUCAAGGAGAAAACGGCACGCUGGGCUGGUUCGUUAGGGGCGAUCCACGCCGUGUAUCACGCCUUUGAACUCGUACACCUCGUACUACAUCCCACGGGGGCAGGGAACCGGGCGAGAAAUCCCAAAAAUCAAUUUCAAAGUUCCCAAAAUGAGACGCUCUAUACAGCGUCUCACGAAAAACUACCGAACCGCAGCUGGGGCCUCUACUAUGCAACCCUCGUAAUCUGGGCCUACGGCUUCCAUCAAGACGGCCAUCUAGAUCCCUUCCCUCACCAUUUACAAUACCCCCACAUGACGAAUUCGAGCGGUCAAACCUCCGCUCAAAGUAGGGAUACCGCAGAGACAUCCUCUCAAGCAUCCACCUCACCAAAUGUACCAGAUCAAUCACAGACCUUGGCAUCUGGUAUUCCCCACCUGGACGCUCGCUAUGGAGACACCCAGGAAUUCCUCGACUACAUGUUCCCAUCCUCAAUCCAGUCGGUCGGAGACUUUGACAGGCAUAUGAAGAAUCUCAACGGUGGUCGAAACCGGCUUGUCGGCCUCCUCAGCGUCGUUGAUCAGGCACUCGCAGGGUCAAGCUGGGAAUUACUUGACGAGGCGAAACAGAGAUUGGCGAAUGCCGCAUUUCUUCUAAGUCAGUCCAGUGUAGGUUGAAAGGGGAUUGUAAUUAAGGGUUUAUCAUUACCCAAGUAGCUGCUCUUGGGUCAAGAUAACUUCACAACGCUGAAGAGACAGAUGACUCAUUCGAUAAAAAGAUAAAACAAAGUGAAACGGGAAAAUACGAGAAACGAUCAUCAUUCAAUAAAAAUACUCUUGAUCUAGCUACUUGAAUAACUUCUGGACUUUUGCAGUCCUCUCACCAGUACGGGAAAUCAAACGCGAGGCUGUACGCUUUAACUGUGCGGUAGGCCUUACUUCUUUUGAUAUCUUUUUCUGUCGCUCCAACUGAUCCAUAGUGAGCAAUUUGUGAGCGGGAACAAGGUCCUCGAAGUUUACGUUACUG